AGAGUAUUUGAAGUGUGUGGUAUUAGUACUUUUACUGCAGUAAAGGCUCCGAAUACUUCCUCCACACAGGAGUUAAGAAGCUGCCGGCCUUCACGACAGUUCUCAUCGUGAUACGGUAACGUAAAGUGUCGCAGCAGAAGUAAACAUGUGGAGAGUUCAGUAGCCAUUCAAAAUAACCACCGACCUGAUGGAGAACUACAGUAAAGCUCGGACGGUGGAGCAGCCGUGCGUCUGUCCGUUCCCCGGCCUCCCCCCCGACACGCCAGAGGUCCGCGUCAAAGACGGCAGCAAGAUCCGCAACCUGCUGCGUUACGCUCUGAGCCGCGUGGAGGCCAAACCCCGCCCCGCGGCCGAGGACGGGGGCGUGGCUGCACUGGGUCAACCGGAAGCAGCGGGCCGGCCGCUCUGCCAACACAUCGUCUUCACGGCGACCGGGAAAGGCGUGUCUAAGGCAGUCACGUGCGUCGAGAUCGUGAAGCGGCGCGUGAAGGGGCUGCACCAGCUCACGCGGCUGCUGUUCAGCCGCGUGGACGAGGUGUGGGAGCCGCUGGAGCCCGCCGCCGGCCUCGACAGUCUCACUGUCAGCAGGAACGUGCCCGCCAUCUGGAUCCUGCUCUGCAGAGAGCCGCUGGACGCCAGCCAGCACGGAUACCAGGCGCCGGGCUGCUACGACGCCCUGUGGGCUCAGGCAGCCAGCAGGGAGGAGGCAGGGGGGCUCAGCGGACAGAGACCGGGACACAAGAGGAAGAAGGGAGGAGGAGGAGGAGGAGGAAGAGGCGGCGGCGGCGGCGGCAGAGGUAGGGGACUCGGCCGUCAGACUGGACGGCCCAGAGAGCCCCCUAAAGGACAGAGUUGAUGUAGCUCUUUACAAACUGCAUGGAGCAUGGCGAGGACACUCAGAGGAGCUGUGGCUGGAAUUAUUUCCACACGUGCUGAUCAUUUUUGAAAUGAUGCAUCACUCAUUAUUUAAACGUUAUGUGCAAACAUGUUUGCUCUUAUUCUGAAAAGACAAUAUUCUGACUAAGGUUUCACUCACGUUGCUACGUUUUGGUUAAAAAGGAAUAGAGCUCAACAGUCCCACCCCUCCUCCCAGAGACCUUGGGUUCCUGAAGUAAAUUUCCUGUUCAUUUCUCCCAUUGACGUCUG